AUGGCCGCUCUCCAUCUCUCUCUCCUGUUCCAGACUUCGGAGAUUUACCUCGAAACCCAAGCCCUGAUGCUCAACAUCACAUGUGCGCUAGAACCUGCAGAAGAUGACAUGGGCCUUUUUGUCCCAGAAGCAGGUCCAAGCCAACCCCAGGCGGAAGGAAUGGGUGAUGAGCGGCUGGAGAAGGAGCAGCUGGAGAGGGAGAGGCUGGAGAGGGAGAGACUGGAGAAGGAGAGGCUGGAGAGGGAGAGGUUGGAGAGAGAGCGACUGGGGAGAGAGAGGCUGGAGAAGGAGAGGCUGGAGAGGGAGAGGCUGGAGAGGGAGAGGCUGGAGAGGGAGAGGUUGGAGAGAGAGCGACUGGAGAGAGAGAUAGACAUCAACCUUAUCAGAUGGGAGGACGGUACUUGGAAAUACCUAGCACCACUCGCAGUCGAUCCAGAGAAUCCGUCCAACAUCGAACGGUUGGUCAACGAUUACAUGAUGGAAGGAAUCAGGGCUUUCAACACAUAUCUGCGAAUGAUGAGCCCCGCGGAAUGCUUUCAGGUAGUCAUCAAUAAUAGGACACACACAAUCCUCCUAAUCACAGAAGAUGAGCUUGCUAUUGAUGAUAGGAUGCAUGAAUCUGCAGCGAAUCUCCAUGCGGAGGCAACCAAGAGAGUCAUUGGUUUGAAACGCAAGGCCACCGAAGAUCUGUCUCACACUUACCACGCACGGAAGAUGGUUGUCUGCACCGAUGGGAAUGAGCUACCGUGAAAUGCCAGGUACUGUAGAGUCUUCUGCACCUUUGGGAAUGAGCUACCAUCAUGUUAUUUGUACUGUCGUUUUGUUGGUAGUGUAGUGUCUUCUGCGCCUUUGGGAAUGAGCUACCGUUUGGCAGGUUCCAUUGUCAGGAAGUUCCAUUUCCUUUGAGAGUCACGUGGGUGCAUAGUUAAAAUGGCAACGGUACCAUGACAUUGCAGAGUAAUUUGCAACCAGGAUUACUGGGGCAUCUAGAGACUAAUAUAGCUAGAGAGUGACAUUAAGUAUAAGAGAGCCAUAAUUUUCCACGUGACUGUUACAGGUAAGGAAACCUUCUCGAAAAUGCAGGUGGGUGAGGGUUCAUUUGGCACUAUUUCAA